AUGCUGCUCUCCCGAGCCUUGCAGGCUGUCGUCGCCCUGCACCUUUGCAGUGCCGCGUGCGCUAGCAGGAACCGAGUUAGGCACCCUGGUCAAUCUUCCGACGGUAUUCCUCCUAGAUCUCUCCUAUCUCCCGCCGUCUUGGGCUCGGCUAACCCACCCUCAGUUUGGACCUUCUCCAAUUCGUCCAUCGUUGCCAGCUCUACCACCAGUCCUUCGUUAUUGCCACCAUCUUCACCAGCUUCGCCGGCGCUCAAUGUCCCGACGUCUCCCACGACGCCAGUGCCUGCCGCUUCUUCGGUGGGGCCACUUAGCACCCAAGCAGUGGCCACCAACUCAACCGUGACCCCUGACGUAUCCACCCCGAUCAACGAACCCAAUCAUACGUCUGUGGAUGCUCCGGCCACGCCUAUCCCGACCGCGUCCAAUGCUACCAGCGUAUAUCCUUCAGACACGCCCGUCUCGACCACAGCCGACAUCCCCAAAGACAACAGCCUCAACUCAACUGCCACCAUUUACACGCCUGCGUACACUCCGAACACGCCUGUCUUGACAACAGCCAAUGCCUCCUUUGACAAUGAACUCAACUCCACUGCCAGUUUCCCCGUUGUUACGCCAAGUGUGCUCGUCACUAACCAGUCGGGUUCGUUGACUCCAAGUCUCAACCAAACAUUCCCGACACUCACUGUAUUCACUCUUUCGACGCCUUUCUAUGGCUCUGGCACCGGCACUGCCGCAAGGCCAACCUACGUGAAGCCCAGCAACAACUCCAGCAAUGGCACCUGUGGUUGCACUGUCAACGUUCGCAAUGCUGAAAUUGGAUACUGGUAUUCGCUCGACCAGUACUUCCAGCUCGCCACUUUCUACUCGACAUCUGUAGGAACAGGUGUCACCUGGGGAUACCAGAUGGCAACCACAACCUUCGACCUUAUUGAGUCCGUGCAAGAAGGCCUUGUGUCCUACGACGUGACUUCAGCAUGGGAUCCUGCAACCAAUCAGACCACUUACGACUUCUUUUCCGUUACUCUGCCAAUGCCAGCAGCAGCCACCACCACAAUCAUGUCGCUGACUGAGUACUCGCCGGUACCAACCACACCGCUCACGGCCCAGAACAUCGUUGAUUCGCUCUGGAUCGACCUCCCUCCUGCCAGCGUUGCCCUCACUGGCCCUUCGAGCACAGUCUUCGUGGCGCCUUCCGGGACACCUUUCGUCGCUUACUCGAGCUAUCAGGUAGAGGAAGCCGAGCCCGUCAUCGAUGCUUUUGGCAAAGUAUCGUGCAAGACAUCCAUCACAUCCUACGCCUUGUCCGAGCCUUAUGCCUUUGAGUAUAACGGGGAUGCGCUAGGCAGCGCCGCAGAGGCCUCAGGGGAUAUCCCCGCCGACUUCCUUCAGUCAAUCCCACAAUCAAGCUGCGUUGCAGGAACCUACCAGGGACCAGUCACCAUCAUCUAUAUCGUCCAUAUCAUUUACGGUACGCCAUGGACACCCUUCAUCGGCCACGUUGAGUCCUCGGUUGAACAACUCCAACUACCAACCGUCACUGCUGCCUCUUCGACAUACAGGCCCAAGGCACACGUUGAAUCGUCUGCAGAAGACUCGCCACCCUCCAUCACAACCAAAGGUAUUUUCAAAAUUUCCACUAAAGGUUUCGAUGAUUACAUUGCCCACAUCGAGUCGGCUCUGUCGGAUCUCGGUCUCCCCACUGUCAUUCUGAUUAAUACUGAAGCGUCUAUCACAGCAGCAAGUCGGACAACUCAGGCUGCCCCUGGAGGCGGUGACGGUGGCAACAGUGUGACCACAGCCCCCGCUACUCGCAUGACUCAGAACAGCGGUGACGAUGGCACGAGCACCGGUGGCGGCAUCCCUGGUCUUGGCCAGAUAAUUUCUGCCGUCGUGUCCCAAGCCAAUGGGGAAGCCGGAGGGUCAUCAUCCGGCGGGAACUCUCAGGACUCGGGAUCUGGGUCUGGCAACUCUGGCUCGGGCAACUCUGGCUCGGGCAACUCGGGAUCUGGAGGCUCUGGAUCUGGGGACUCCGGGUCCGGGAGUUCGGGAUCUGGUAACUCGGGGUCUGGAAGCUCGGGGUCUGGAAGCUCGGGGUCUGGAAGCUCGGGGUCUGGAAGCUCGGGGUCUGGAAGCUCGGGAUCUGAAAACUCGGGGUCGAGUAACUCAGGUUCGAACAACUCAGGCUCGAACAGUUCAGGAUCUAGCAAUUCAGGAUCGGGUGAUUCUGGUUCUGGAAGCUCAGGCUCUGGAAGCUCAGGCUCUGGAAGCUCAUCUGGAAGCUCGGAUUCGGGCAGCUCAGGUUCAGGCUCGAGUGGCUCGGGCGGCUCGGGCUCGAGCAAUUCUGGAUCUGGAUCGGGUGACUCAGGAUCGGGUAAUACUGGUUCGUCUUCAAGUGGAGGGUCCUCAAACAGUGGUUCAAGCUCAAACAAUGGGGGCUCAAGUUCAUCAAAUGGAGAGUCUGGGUCUUCUAAUGGAGGCUCAGGGUCAUCCAAUGAAGGCUCCGAGUCAUCAAACGGAGGAACAGGAUCUUCUAAUGAUUCUGGAUCUGACUCCUCAAAUGGUGGCUCUGGAUCUGGAAACAUUGGUGGGGAUUCGCAAACGUCUCCACCAGUUAUUGUUGCAGGAUCUCAAAUCGCCACGAUGGAUUCCUCCUCUAUAUUCGUUAUCGGUGGGCAGACUCUAUCACCUGGGGGCCAGGCCGUUACCGUGGAUGGUACAGUCCUCUCUUUGGCACCUUCUGCAACAGCGGUCGUCAUCAAUGGUCAGGAAUCAAGCCUGGCUGGAGGUUCGACGACGGAGGGUCAAGGACCAGCCGAGAUUGGAAAGCCUCCAAUCGUUACUGUCGGUUCUGUUGCAUACACGGCCAAUGCCGCCACGCAAUAUUACCUUGCGCCUGGACAGACUCUGACUGCCGGUGGUGUUGCGACAGUGGACGGCACUGUUGUCAGCCUCGGACCGUCGGCAAGCUACGUUGUCGUCGAUGGUGCAACGCAGACAUUCCCUUCGGCUCUUAUAACCCCAGCGCCGAAUCCGGCAUUCGCAGCGGGUGCCACGCCCACCUUCUUGAUCGCUGGGCAAACGCUUACACCAGGAGGGCAAGCUGUGGUCAGCGGCACGACAAUCUCCCUGGAUAGCGGCGCCAAUAACCUUGUUGUGAACGGUGUUACGAGAGCGGUCGGAGCUGGUGUUGGCAUUGCUGGUCAACCCUUGAUAACCGUCGGCGGCACGCCGUACCCUGCUGUGGAUGGGACGUCCUUCAUUGUUGGAGACCAAGUUCUCACUCCUGGAGGAGUCAUUCUCGUAGAUGGUACUACUGUCUCACUCGACUCCGCGGACAACACGGUGUACUUUGAUGGAGUUGCUUCGUCAUUGGACGCCUCGAAUCCAUUCAGCACCUCUUUUCCCGCUCUCACGGCCGGUGGCAGCACCAUCACUCCGCAAGCAAUCGAUGGCAGCGUCGAAUACGUGAUUGGGGGACAGACACUUACCCCAGGUGGCUCGAUUUCGAUGGAUGGAACAUUCAUCUCGCUGGCUCCCGGAGCAACUGCGGUCGUUGUCAAUGGCGUCACACAAGCCUUAAAUCCCCUGAUCGCCACCAGUCUACCAAAUGUAGUCGUUGGUGGAACCACUAUCGCUGGCGUUAGCAAAGUAGGGAGCGCAUACGUUAUUGGUGGACAGACACUUGUUCCAGGAGGCUCGAUCACGGCGGACGGCACGGUCAUCUCAUUGGCCCCCGGGGGGACCGCCCUGGUGGUGGAUGGCGUCACACAAACUUUGGGUUCUGGGAUCGUCACCAGUCUACCAGAUGCUGUAGUGGGCGGCAAAACUCUCUCUGGUAUCGCGGGAGUUGGUAACACCUAUGUGGUUGAUGGGCAAACCCUUACUCCGGGUGGAUCGAUCACAGUAGACGGCACAAUCGUUUCGUUAGCCCCAGGGGCAACCGCGUUGGUGAUGAACGGUGUCACGCAGAAUUUCGGUGUCGGCGUCGUUACCAGUCUACCAAACGUAGUGGUUGGCGGAACAACACUCUCUGAUAUUGUCGGCACAGGCAGCACCUACGUGGUCGACGGACAAACUCUCACUCCAGGUGGGACGAUCAUGGUAGACGGUACCAUCAUCUCUUUGGCCCCAGGAGCAACCGCACUGGUCGUCGGCGGCAUCACGCAAGCUUGGGGAGGCACUCUCAGUCUUUCAGACAUAGUGGUCGGCGGAACAACGCUCUCCGGCCUCUUCGGGGCCGGCAGCACAUACGUGGUCGACGGACAGACCCUCACCAUCGGCGGCACCAUCACCGUCGACGGAACCACGAUAUCCUUCCCUUCCGCCACCGCCGUCGUCAUCAACGGCAUCACGCAAACGCUCGUCUCCCCCGCCUACACGACCAACGCACCCGCCCUCACCAUCCGAGGCACCGUCUACACCGGCCUCCCCGGCCCCGGAACCACGUACGUCGUCGCCGGCCAGACGCUCACCCCGGGCGGCCUCAUCGUCGUCGACGGCACCACCACCAUCUCCCUCAGCCCCUCGGCCACCGCCCUCGUCGUCAACGGCAUCACGCAAACACUCUUCCCCGCAACAGCAGCCACCGCCGCGGCUGCCGCCACACGCUUCCCCAUCCUUACAAUCGCCGGGCACACAUACACGGCGCUUUCUAACUCUGGCGCCGGCGGCGGCACGUACGUCAUCGAUGGCCAGACGCUGACGCCGGGCGGCGAGGUCGUCGUGGACGGCACGACGAUAUCUCUCGCCCCCUCGGCCACCGCCCUCGUCGUCGACGGCACCACACAAUCACUCGCCGCAGCGGCGACGUCAUCGUCGUCGACGGAUGCGGCGGCUGGGUCGAGGGGGACGGCGGGUGCUGGGGGGACGGCGACAAGGACGGGGGGUGCGGCGGAGUAUACGGGGGCUGCUGCGUCGGUGGUGGUGGUGAGUAAGUUGUCGUCUGGUUUGGCUUGUGCGCUGGUGUCUCAUGUUUUGAUGUGGUGGUUUGCGUGGUAA